GAUAUGGGGUGGACUUUGGACGAAGAAAUAUAUUUAUUUAUGGCAAUUAUGACAUAUAAACCGGCUGGUAGAGACAGGAAUUUUCAGAUGUGCUGUUUGGCUUAUAAGUUGCAGAACGAAACAAAAUUAUCUUAUUCAAUUUCGGAUAUCUGGAAGCGGAUAAAGGAACUUUAUAACAUAGAAUUGAUUAACGAGAAUGAAUGUGUCCCUUACUCUGAAAAACCAUGCGAAUUUUCACUCCCCGGCUAUUUUAGCCCUAUUAGAUCAAAAGAAUUCCCUAGAUAUGAACCUAACCUGCAAAUUUCUCUUAAAGCAAAGUUUAACCCUGAGCCUACAAGCAAGCUUCUGGACGAUAAUCCACCAUGCCCUACCACACAUUCACCUUCUUCAUCUCCUUCCUCAGUAACUAAUAUUGCCGUACCUGUAUCCGCUAAACGAAUUCGGAAAUCUGUUAGAAAUACCGCUCUAGAGAGGGAUAAAUCGAUGCCACCUCCAACGACCAUGCCUACCGUCAAACCAGUGACUAUAUUAGGUAUGGAAGGCAGCGCAAACAAGUUGGGAAUUGGAGUGAUACGUGACGGUAAGGUUUUAUCCAAUCCCCGUUUGACCUAUGUGACCCCUCCGGGUCUGGGUUUCAAGCCCACUGAAACUGCAAUUCAUCAUCGUAACCAUGUUGUGAAAUUGGCAAGAAGGUCACUGCUUGAAGCUAAUAUUAAACCAGAUGACCUAGACGCCAUUGCUUAUACCAAGGGCCCUGGAAUGGGUGGACCCCUUCAGGUGGUUGCCAUAGUAGCGCGGGUGUUGGCCCAAUUGUGGAAUAAGCCCCUGAUCGGAGUGAAUCACUGCGUCGCACACAUUGAAAUGGGUCGUCUGGUGACAGGUGCCCAAUCCCCAAUUGUCCUUUAUGUCAGUGGAGGAAAUUCACAAGUCAUUGCCUACUCUGGAGGACGCUAUCGAAUCUUUGGUGAAACAUUAGAUAUUGCUCUUGGAAAUUGUCUCGAUAGAUUCGCCCGCGUUAUUAAUCUCUCCAAUGAUCCAAGCCCAGGCUACAACAUUGAACAGGCAGCCAAGAAGGGAAUCAAGUUCUAUGAACUCCCUUAUGCUGUCAAAGGAAUGGAUGUCUCCUUCGCUGGCAUUUUAUCCUACCUCAAAGAACGCGCUCCUAAGCUCCUCCGAACAGGUGAAUACACUCAAGCUGACUUCUGUUUUUCCCUUCAAGAGACGGUUUUUGCUAUGGUUGUGGAAAUCACAGAACGUGCUAUGGCUCAUUGCGACACGAAGGAAGUACUGAUUGUCGGUGGAGUGGGAUGUAACAUGCGACUACAAGAGAUGAUGAAGUGUAUGGCAGAGGAACGUGGAGCGACCCUCUGUGCCACAGACGACCGAUAUUGUAUUGACAAUGGCGCAAUGAUCGCACAAGCCGGUUGGGAGAUGUUUCAUGUUGGGAUGACAACCCCUCUUGCUGAAACGAUUGUCACGCAGAGAUUCCGAACAGAUGAGGUUGAGGCCAAGUGGCGAAUUUAA